AUGAUCCUCAUCGGCCUCUCUUCUCCUUCUUCUUCUUCUUCUUCUAAUCCUCCAACUGCCCGUCAUCAUGUGCUUAAAUUAGUGCACUACUUAUCCAAUAUGCCAAAUAUAUCCCCGGAAGAAGCCUUCCGUCUCGACUGGGACCAUUCUGUGUCCCGGUCCUCCUACCUCGCUGCCAGCAGCGACAUCAUCAGAACGAAAUCAAAUAUCGAGGCCUCGCUUUAUUCCGCAGGAAGUGCUUAUAACACUCUAGUGCGUGUCGGCACUGGUCCUGACCCACCGCUUCUGUCAAUCAUAGUCGACUCGGGCUCUAGCCUGAUGUGGGUCCACUGCAGAUCGUUCGACUCCGAUAAGUUCUUCAACCCGAGCGCCUCCCCCACAUUCCGCAAGGAGAUCAUGUGCAAUAACCCGACCAGUGCAUGUCCUGAUCUCCAACAUGUCAAUUGCCGAGACAACGAGUGUUGGUACACACUUGAAUACGGCAGCGGAACCAGCAGUGGUUACCUCGCCCGGGACAGAUUCCAGUUCCAUUCCCUCGACAACGAGGACGAUGACGAGCCCUUCUCCCUCGAGAACAUCACAUUCGGCUGCGACAUUAACGGGAGUCUGACAGAUAUCAACGGCAUCCUCGGCCUCAUCAACUACCGUGACUCCCUCGUCUCGCAAAUGGGGUACUCACGCUUCGCCUACUGCCUCGGGAACAUCACCGACCCCGCGUACCCUUACAACUUAUUAAUUAUAGGCGACGGUGAUGAGAUCGGCCUCCACGGCUCUCAAACACCCCUCUACAUCGACUACCAUUACAACAUCCGCCUCGAGGAUAUCGCGGUUGGAGGUCGACCCGUCAAUGGAUUCGGCUCCCACAUGAUGAUUGUAGACUGUGGCAGUACCUUCACCUUCCUCCCCCGGCAGGCCGUCCGGAAGCUAGAGACUAGAAUUGAGGAAGUGAUUGGGGGCAAGCUGACAAAGAUCUACUACACAUACGAUUCGUCCACAGUGUUGUGCUACGUAGGGAGUGUGAGAAGGGACUUGGUGGGGUUCCCUGUAGUGGAAUUGAAGUUCCAAGGAGGUGCUGUGCUUGAGCUCACGGCUGAAAACAUGUUCAGGGACGUUGGGAAUGGUCAUUUCUGUCUUUCGGCGGUUGAAAAUGAGGGGCACGGAGGAUACACCAUUCUCGGGACCCACAUGCAACAGUUUUUGUAUAUUGCCUUUGAUCUGAAGGAAAAACAGAUCUCAUUUCAGAGAAUGGAAUGCGAUGUAUUAAGGCAUGACUAA